AUUGUCCCGACGCGGCUGGAGGGCGCUCAGCGCGUGCGUACGCGUCGGCGGUUGGCAGCGCGCGGACUGCGUGAAGUGAAGCGAGGCGAGGCGGUCGGAACCUCAGCCCCGCAGACUGAGCGGCCCCUACGGCCGUCAGCAGCCAGGCCGUCCGAGAUGUUGUCUGGGAAGAAGGCGGCUGCUGCGGCGGCCGCGGCGGCCGCGGCCGGGUCGGAGACUAGUGCUGGGACAGCGGCCGGCGCUGAGAACGGCUCAGAGGUGGCCGCGCCGCCGGCGGGCCUGUCGGGCCCUGCGGAGGCCGGGUCGGGGGCGGCCGGGGAGCGCACUCCCCGUAAGAAGGAGCCUCCACGGGCCUCGCCUCCCGGGGGCCUGGCCGAGCCCCCGGGGUCCGCCGGGCCUCAAACCGGGCCUACUGUAGUGCCUGGAUCCGCGACCCCCAUGGAAACGGGAAUCGCGGAGACUCCGGAGGGGCGACGGACCAGCCGGCGCAAGCGGGCGAAGGUAGAGUACAGAGAGAUGGAUGAAAGCUUGGCCAACCUCUCGGAAGAUGAGUAUUAUUCAGAAGAAGAGAGAAAUGCCAAAGCUGAGAAGGAAAAGAAGCUUCCCCCACCACCCCCACAAGCCCCUCCUGAGGAAGAAAAUGAAAGUGAACCUGAAGAGCCAUCUGGGCAAGCAGGAGGACUUCAAGACGACAGUUCUGGAGGGUAUGGAGACGGCCAAGCAUCAGGUGAGGGUGGCAUUAGAUGCUUGCCACUUAGUAGCCAGAGCUGCCAGUUGCAGUUGUGGUUGGAUAAUCCAAAGAUUCAGCUGACAUUUGAGGCUACCCUCCAACAAUUAGAAGCACCUUACAACAGUGACACUGUGCUUGUCCACCGAGUUCACAGUUAUUUAGAGCGUCAUGGUCUUAUCAACUUCGGCAUCUAUAAGAGGAUAAAACCCCUCCCAAGUACUUACCAUUUAAUUUCUGAAAAACAGGAUCGUGUAGGUGGACGAGUUGCCACAUUUCGCAAAGGAAACUAUGUAGCUGAUCUUGGAGCCAUGGUAGUGACAGGUCUUGGAGGGAAUCCCAUGGCUGUGGUCAGCAAACAAGUAAAUAUGGAACUGGCCAAGAUCAAACAAAAAUGUCCACUUUAUGAAGCCAAUGGACAAGCUGACACUGUCAAGGUUCCCAAAGAGAAAGAUGAAAUGGUGGAGCAAGAGUUUAACCGGCUUCUGGAAGCUACGUCCUACCUUAGCCAUCAGCUCGACUUCAAUGUCCUCAAUAAUAAGCCUGUGUCCCUCGGCCAGGCCUUGGAGGUUGUCAUUCAGUUACAAGAAAAGCACGUCAAAGAUGAGCAGAUUGAACAUUGGAAGAAGAUAGUGAAAACUCAGGAGGAAUUGAAAGAACUUCUUAAUAAGAUGGUAAAUUUGAAAGAGAAAAUUAAAGAACUCCAUCAGCAAUACAAAGAAGCAUCUGAAGUCAAGCCACCCCGAGAUAUCACUGCUGAGUUCUUAGUGAAAAGUAAACACAGGGACUUGACUGCGCUGUGCAAGGAAUACGAUGAAUUAGCUGAAACACAAGGAAAGCUAGAAGAAAAACUUCAAGAAUUGGAAGCCAAUCCCCCAAGUGAUGUAUAUCUCUCGUCAAGAGACAGACAAAUACUUGAUUGGCAUUUUGCAAACCUUGAAUUUGCUAAUGCCACACCUCUUUCUACGCUCUCCCUUAAACAUUGGGAUCAGGAUGAUGAUUUUGAGUUUACUGGCAGCCACCUGACAGUGAGGAAUGGCUACUCGUGUGUACCUGUGGCUUUAGCAGAAGGCCUGGACAUUAAAUUAAAUACAGCAGUUCGGCAGGUUCGCUACACGGCCUCAGGAUGUGAAGUGAUAGCUGUGAACACCCGCUCCACGAGCCAGACCUUUAUUUAUAAGUGCGAUGCAGUUCUCUGUACCCUCCCCUUGGGGGUGUUGAAGCAGCAGCCACCAGCUGUUCAGUUUGUGCCGCCUCUUCCUGAGUGGAAAACAUCUGCAGUCCAGAGGAUGGGCUUUGGCAACCUCAACAAGGUGGUGUUGUGUUUUGACCGGGUGUUCUGGGAUCCAAGUGUCAAUCUGUUCGGGCACGUUGGCAGUACAACCGCCAGCAGGGGUGAGCUCUUCCUCUUCUGGAACCUCUACAAAGCUCCAAUACUAUUGGCACUUGUAGCGGGAGAAGCCGCUGGCAUCAUGGAAAACAUAAGUGACGAUGUGAUUGUUGGCCGAUGCCUGGCCAUUCUCAAAGGGAUUUUUGGUAGCAGCGCAGUGCCCCAGCCCAAGGAAACUGUGGUGUCUCGCUGGCGUGCUGAUCCCUGGGCCCGUGGCUCCUAUUCCUACGUAGCCGCAGGAUCAUCUGGAAAUGACUAUGAUUUAAUGGCUCAGCCGAUCACUCCCGGCCCCUCAAUUCCAGGUGCCCCACAGCCAAUUCCACGACUCUUCUUUGCUGGAGAACAUACAAUCCGUAACUACCCAGCCACGGUCCAUGGUGCUCUGCUGAGUGGGCUUCGAGAAGCAGGAAGGAUUGCAGACCAGUUCCUGGGAGCCAUGUACACACUGCCUCGCCAGGCCACACCAGGUGUCCCUGCACAGCAGUCCCCAAGCAUCUGAGCCACAUGCGUUCUAAGGGAAGAGGCCCACGUACGUGUCUUUUGCUGCGUAAGCCAAGUUCUUCUAGCAAUACUAGGUUCCUGAGGAACUGGCCCUGUGUCUGGGCUCCUGGUCAGCUGCUGGAGCUCCUGAUCGGCAGGUGGCCAGGGAGGUCGCCUCCUUCGAGUGACUGACAGCUAGGGAGGCACAUGUCCUUUAGUUGGAAGUCUGUGUUCUUCGUAAAGACGGGCAAGGAAGUGCUGUGGGAGAUCAUCCCAGUCUCGGUGUGUGGUAGUUUUUUUUUAUAUUUUGAGAAUAAAACUUCAUAUAAAAUUA